GUGAAAUUGAACUUCAGUACCGAGUGAGAUGUGCAACGAAUAGAAGCAAGAUUAAGUAGUACAAAUAUUCAGUGUACGGACUGUUGAAAACAGAAAACGAAGUGAAAGAGAUCUAGUGAGGAGAUAGCUUUUACAUAACCGUAGUUGCUAAAACAACGAUACUAAAGUGCUCCGUUCACAAAGACACAAUAUGAAUUGGAUAACUACGGCAGCACUGGUAGUGCUGUUGACCCUAGCAUCCGCCAAUGCCGACGAAUGGAACUGGCUCAACGACGGAGAAUCUUUUUUGGAGGAUCUUGUCCGCGAGAAGCGCCAGGAUGCAUCCCAAAACGUAACUGAAGUGGCCGACGAUGACAUCCUGAAUUUCAUCUUAGAUAGUGGCCGUCAGGGGCGCAGCUUAGAAGGAUUCGACGAAGUUUAUAGUGAUCCAUCAGUACAGCAAGCUCUGCAGAACUCGGAUGAUGUCGAAGCAAGAAACAUCAUCAAGGAGAAGCUCUGUGCCUUGGGUCUAAUGCAAUGCGAUGGGGAGCUCGUUGAUGGAAGACGACCAUACCUAAAUCCACAGAAUCUUAUUUACGCUCAGCCCGUUGCGCUGAAGCCAGUUGGACGUCCGAUAGCUACUAUCCCUGUCCGCGGUCCUCCUGGACCACCUCCACCAGGUCCUCAGUAUGUUCCCAAACCUCCACCUCAACAGAGACCCCACCAAGGACCGUACGGACCUCCCCAACCAAUGCCAGUUCCUAACCGUCCCCAACAGAAAGUUGGCUUUGCGUCCCAGCAAGCUUCCUACAAUGGACCGAAUUCUUUCUCAGGUAGCUCCCACUACGGUGGAUCCUAUUCUAGCCAACCUGGUCCCUUUUCACCCUAUCCCUCCAAACCUUUAGGUCCAAUCUAUGAGGGCGCAGAUAUCCCGUAUGAGUUCGAGAGCCCCAAUCGACCAGGUGUCAUUAUCAGUGAUGGUCCAGGUCCUUCUGUUGGAAAGCCGCCCGCCGAACAGCAUAUUCAUCACCAUUACCACCACAUCGAAGGCGGAGGUGCUGAAAAGACCAUCGUCGUAAACAACCCGAUUCCCUUAACCACCGGUGUUCUCGCGGGAUCAUCGGUCGGAGGCAGCUCGCUAAACACUAACAACCUGUACUCGUCUAGCGUUUACGGAUCGUCCGGUGUUCCCAACGGAGGUUUCAAUCCCUCAAGCAGUAAAGACUUUGACUAUCAAGAUCUCAAGGGAUCCAUCAAUACUGGUUUGGGCCAGUACGGAAAUUAUGCUUCCCAAUCAAAACCGGUUAGCUCUAACGUCUACAAUCAGGGACCUGCAACGUUUGGAAGCUCCGAAAAUAUCAUCUAUGGAACAAGUGGUUCUGGAAGCUCCGGUAGUAACAGUUUGAGUGGAGGUUACGAUGUAAACCAAGGAAGCUACCAAUCUGGUCAAGGAAGCUAUCAGUCUGGUCAGGGAAGCUAUCAGUCAGGCCAGGGAAGUUACCAGUCUGGUCAAGGAAGCUAUCAGUCUGGCCAAGGAGCCUAUCAUACGUCAAAUCCUAAUCUGUACAAGAAAGAGCUGAAUCUUAAAGGGCCAGCUACCAACCAGAACAACUUUGCAAGCAACUACAAUAAGUAUAGCCAGCAGUACAAUGGCCAGUACAGCAACCAGCAGAACAACCAGAACCAGUUCGGCGUCAAUAGUCAAUACGGUCAAAAUUCCAGAGCUGAAGAAUGCGUGUGCGUCCCAUACGAGCAAUGCCCCGCACAGGACGUAGUUGGUCGACGAGAUGACCUGAUUCUUCCGCUAGAUCCACGUAACUUCAAGACCGAUAUUCAGGCUGAUACGGAACAGGUCGUAAUCACCGAUGCCAACGGAACCAUGACCGUUAUCCACGUGCCGAAGAACGUUACUGCACAAUCUCGUUCUGCAAACGUAACCGAUACAUCGGCCAAGAAAAUCUCCAAACGAGAAGCGGCCGCUGCCAAGAAGGCCGACAAUGAUGAUGACAAAGCUAAUAUUGAACCGACCAUUCCAACACCGGCACCGGGACAUUCCGAAGGUAGUAGCAUCGUUAGCUUCCCGCGUAGUCGCCGUGCAACUGACGUAACCGUUCCGGACCAACUGGAACCGGAGGAACCGGUCGCAAUAGGCAAUGCCGCAACGGCACCAAGCGAGCAAGUUGGGGUACAAGAAAAGUCUUUCACAGCUGAUAAGAGACAAGCUUACUAUGGACCACGACCACAGCAGUGCCCUCAGCGAAGCGUUUGUUGUCGCCGGCCGGCUUAUCGUCAACCGCCUACCCACGGUAACCUAGGCCAGUGCGGAAUACGAAAUGCCCAGGGUAUCAACGGUCGCAUUAAGAAUCCGGUGUACGUCGACGGAGACAGCGAAUUCGGCGAAUACCCCUGGCAAGUGGCUAUCCUCAAGAAAGAUCCCAAGGAGUCUGUUUACGUUUGCGGAGGUACACUGAUUGAUAAUCAGUUCAUCAUCACCGCCGCUCAUUGUGUCAAGACCUACAGCGGCUUCGAUCUUCGCGUUCGACUCGGAGAAUGGGACGUGAAUCAUGAUGUGGAGUUCUACCCGUACAUAGAACGAGACGUCAUAUCGGUUCAAGUUCACCCGGAAUACUAUGCCGGCACGCUAGAUAACGAUCUGGCUGUUCUGAAAAUGGACUCUCCGGUAGAUUUUACCAAUACACCUCACAUCUCACCGGCCUGUUUGCCCGAUCGGCAUACGGAUUUCUCCGGUCAGCGCUGUUGGACCACCGGAUGGGGUAAGGAUGCCUUCGGAGACUACGGAAAGUAUCAGAACAUCCUGAAGGAGGUAGAUGUUCCGAUUGUAAACGAUUACCAGUGUCAAAACCAGCUGCGUCAAACCCGUCUUGGAUAUCAGUACAAACUUCAUCCAGGAUUCGUCUGUGCCGGUGGAGAGGAGGGCAAGGACGCGUGCAAGGGAGAUGGCGGUGGUCCAUUGGUGUGUGAACGUAACGGCAGCUGGCAGGUGGUCGGAGUCGUUUCCUGGGGUAUUGGAUGUGGUAAGGCUAACGUACCCGGGGUGUACGUCAAAGUCGCUCACUACCUGGACUGGCUUCAACAGGUUCGCGGAAGAUUCUAGAGUAUCCCGCCAGGGGGUUCGUAUUUAUUGACGACUCAUAUUUAUUGUGUAUAACGGAAGCAAGCGAGAACUAAACCAGUGAUACUCACCACGAUUCUGUUUCUGUAUGUAAAAUGAUAGGAAUACACUUCAGCACAAAUGAAAAUGAAUGUAGUGAGAAGAGUACGAUUUGAAUGAAAACGAACGAUAGCUGGAGUUAAAGUGUACGAUGCUAUGUGACAGCAUUUCUAAAUAUAUGAAAAUUGCUUUAUGUAAAUUUUUUUGUAGAAAUUUAGUAUUAGAAAAAUAAGCUACGAAUAAAUUAUUUUAUUUAUUCCGGAUGAAUAAA